CAAUUUAAUCGACGACUCGUCUAGAGAGAGAAAGGGUUAGGGUUGGUUUGCUGUUGGAUGGCGGAGGGAGAACGGAGGGCGGCGACGGAGGAGACGUUGGCAUCGGCGGAGGAGGGGAGGGUGGAGGUGGGGCGGCCGGCGGUUUUGCUAGUUUGCGGGACCCUGGUGUACUACCACUGCGCGUACCGGGGGUCGAGCCUUCUCUCCCUCGUCUCCGACGUCCUCAUCGUCCUCCUCUGCUCCCUCGCCAUCCUCGGCAUGCUCUUCCGCCAGAUGAACAUCUCGGUGCCUGUGGAUCCUCUUGAAUGGCAGAUAUCUCAAGAUACAGCUAACACCAUUGUUGCUUGCUUGGCUAAUACAGUCGGAGCAGCGGAGUCUGUGUUAAGGGUUGCUGCAACAGGGCAUGAUAAGCGACUGUUUGUUAAGGUGGUUUUUACACUGUACCUCUUGUCAGCUUUGGGACGUGUAGCUUCAGGUGCGACGAUUGCAUAUGCUGGACUGUGCAUCUUAUGUCUCUACUUUUUUGCCCAAAGUUCUGAGCUCCUAUCUAGGUGCGCUUCUCGGUUCUCCAAGAGAAGAGACUCUUCUGGUGAAGUGUAGGAUGCUAUUUGGCAUAUACAUUUACUUUGAGAGCUCUUUCUUCAACUGUUGAUUCUUAAUUCUGUGGAUUCAUUGCCAAAGUUACGGUUAGAUGGGAGGUUCUGUCUCAUUAGUUUUUUUUUCGUCUCAUUUGAUUUCUUGAGCAUUAUUCCAGUAGAAUGAACAUUCUCCUCAAGAUUGAUUAGUAAGUACAACCGUUGAUCGAGUCAAUAGUCAUUAGCCAUUCUUUUGUGGGAACUGUUUGGUUUUCUCAGCUUAAAUUUGGAUUUGGAUACACCAAGCAAAAGGCACAUCCAGGAAGCAACAAGGUGACCAAAGCUCUGCAGACAAUGUGAAGUUGCCUAUAUUGAAAUAUUUCUCUAUCAACUCAAGGAAGAUACCUGGAGAGAGCUUUUCCUAUGAUGUAUCCAUGUGGAUUUCACUUUUCAACAAUUCCGUAAAAGAUGAUCUUCAUACAUAUGGUGCACAUGUACAAUUUUUUCUGUAGCUCCAUCUAUCCUUUCUUAACAUAGGCUUCCAUCCCUGACAAAGGGAGUAAGUUUGGAUGUUUGAUUUCAAGAGACUUGCAAACCAUACUUUAGUCUCUUCAAUUGAGGCAUCCUUUCAAGGAUCAUUGGUUUGAAGCA